AUAAUAUCGGUUCCAUAUCUCUUUCCCACUCACCCUAUAUUCCUCAUUUUCUCUCUCUACAAAAUCUAUGCUCCCCUCUCUUUAUUUUAUUUUUCUCGACAUCCAAACACUCCCUCCACACUUAAAAAUUUUGACACUCUUUUGCAGUCUGCUCCUUAUAAAAUCUCCCUAUCUUUAUAUGUAUCCAAUGACAAGUUACUAUAUUGAACACUAAGCUUUCUUUUAAAAGCCUGAAACAUUUUCCAAUGGAAAAUGACGAUAACAGAGGCGACAAGAAGAGAGCCCGGGAAGAGUUUGAGAAUUUUGAGUCAGAGGCUAACUCGGUUCCCUUUUUAAAACUCUCUCGAGUCGACUCGUCCGAGUUCACUCGUGUGGAAUCCGCCCUUGAUUACGUGGACGUUCAGUUGCCGGAGUCAAAGCAUAUCCAGGAGGAUUUGCUGAACUUCCUGGACGAUUCCGACCCGGUCAUUGGACCUGGACUGGGGAUUCAGGGACUUGACUCGGUUCUCAAAAGUUUCGAAGAAGAGAUCGUAGUUCCGGCUCAGGCGACGCUACCGGUAAAAUCGUUGGAAACCCGCAAGUCGAAGCCGGAUCUAGGGUUUCUUUUAGAGGCUUCGGAUGAUGAACUGGGUUUGCCACCGAGUUUUUCGUCUGUUGAGCAGGGCGUUGAUAUAGAGGGAAGUGUAGAGUUAGGAGCCGAUGGAAUAGAGGAAAUGAUGGGAUAUGAGUUCCCGAUUCCGAGUUACGGAUCGUUUGACUUCGGAAUCAGCGGUGACUCAGAUGCCGACAACAAAAAUCAUAGUAAUAGCGGUGAUUUUGUGGCGUUAGGAGGCUUGUUCGAACCCAUUGUAGAAAUUUCGGAGCUAACCUCGUGACCUGAAUCGCUUUGCGCACUACGGUGCCGUUUGAUCUAAAUCUUUUCUUUUUUUGAAAAAAAAUAGUGGAUAUGUAGGCCUGUAAAUCUUGUUAAUUACUAAAAUGGUAAAUUAAAGGAAAAAAAAAUGGGUUGGAGGCGGAAAGACGGAAAUAAAAUUGGGAAUGCAAAGUGGUUGGUGAUAAA